AGCCUUAGUACGGCUGGGAACCCUUUAAAAGCGUACAGCUACCGCUACCAGUGAGUAAGCUUUGUUGGUGGUACUUGUACCAGCAUUUGAUUCGCGCUGUGUUCGGCCUGGGAGCUGUUUCAGCUGUGUAGGUAGCAUGUGGUGGGCUCAUGCUCUCAACGGAAGUGCCCGACGCUGCUGUUCAACCUUCUGUGUGUAAAAUAACUGAAGAUCUGAAAACUUCAGGACCAAAACAACACCUUCUGUGAUGGCGAACUGCUGGAUCGUUGCGUUUGUGGUGUUUGCAUCGAUAAAUGUCUCUCUAUCUGUUCGAGAAAUGGAAUAUUCCACUCCCCAAAGCUGCAAAGAGCUCAAGGAAAAAUUUAAAGUCAAUAAAGAUGGUCUUUAUUACCUGACCACGCCUAACGGUGUUGUGUAUCAGACAUACUGUGACAUGACGACUGCAGGAGGAGGAUGGACUCUGGUGGCCAGUGUUCAUGAGAACAACAUGUACGGGAAAUGCACCACUGGUGAUCGCUGGUCCAGUCAGCAGGGUGGAAGUCCACAGGUACCUGAGGGAGACGGAUCGUGGAGUAACACCGUCACAUUCGGCACUGCAGAAGCUGCAACCAGUGAUGACUUCAAGAAUCCUGGGUAUUAUGACAUUGCAGCGGAGGACGUGGCAGUGUGGCACGUUCCAAAUAACGAGCGAGUGGAUCGUUGGAAACUAACAUCAUUCCUGCGCUACCACACGGAGAACAGAUUCCUGAGGAGCUACGAACAAAACCUCUACAAUCUCUUCAAGCAAUUCCCAGUGAAGUACAAUGUCGGAAGCUGUCCUGAUGAUCACGGCCCCUCUGUUCCUGUAGUGUACGAUGUUGGAGACGCCAAAUCCAAUCUUAACCUGUAUGGACCCCACAUCAGAGGGUAUUCUGAACCUGGAUUCAUCACAUUUCGAGCGAUAAACACGGAAAGGGCAGCGAUGGCAAUCUGCUCAGGACUCAAACCCAAAGCCUGCCACACUGAACACUUCUGUAUCGGAGGAGGUGGAUAUUUUCCUGAAGAGUCUCCGAGGCAGUGUGGAGAUUUCACGGCUUUCGACUGGGCGGGUUACGGCACUCACACUGGCUCAAGCAACAGUAAGCAGCUGACCGAGGCGGCGGUGCUCAUCUUCUACCGCUGAGAGAGAACGUUGCAGAACCAACAGCACACAAUACACACAUCAGUAUAGCCUUAAUUACUGCAUGACUGGGUGUGCAAAAGAUUUAUAAAGUUCAUUCCCAUAGAAUUUACCAAAUCUUUAAGAAUUUAUUUCCGGAUGUUUGGUGCAGGUCAUGUUUUUCUCUCUCUCUCUCGGAUCAGAUUUUAAAAAGUGAUGCACUAUUACAGGGUGAGAAUCAAGUUCAAUCCUCAUUAUAUGAUGAAAGUAAUUACAGUUUCUUGUAUUCUCUUGGAUUUAUCUGCAUUUACUCCUUUCCAUUUCUGCUGACGGAGCUGACACUGAGACGUGUGUCUCCUCAAUUCUGCCCUGAAUCCUGAUGUUAUGAAAUAAAGUUUUGAGCAUUG